AUGACACCCUGUAAGAACUGUAAUGCCGCUGAUACAGAAUGUGAAAAGGGUAGUAUUGAUCUGGAUGGAAGAAAAAAAAGAUACAGAAACCUUUAUGUGAAGGCACUUGAAUGUCAAGUUGAAACCUUAGAAUCUGUUGUAUCAAGGCUCGUGCAUAUAAAGGAAUUAGUGGACAAGGACCAGGUAAAUAAUUAUCCUUUCAACAAAAAUGAGGAAUCACAAUAUCAGGAUGGUGAAAUGAAAGCUAAUAGGAUUCUAAGUAACAGCUCGGAGAUUGUAUUGGAAGACAAGACCAAUAUUAGUAUCUAUGAGGAUAUUGUUCCCUCAAUGCCCAAAGCUGCUGCCCACUUAGAUAAGAAAGCAGCCCUUGAGAACUACGAGGAUCUUGAGGCUAAUAAAGAUAUAGCGGAAUGCUUGGACAAUUUUUUCACAUGGCAAUAUUUUGACAUGAAUUUUUAUGUCGAUAGGAAGAGGUUUUUCGAUGAAUUCCAUCGAAAAACGGAAGGAGAGACUGUGGGGGAAUUUUGUUCAGAAGAUUUGAUAUAUGCCCUUAGCGCAAUAGGAGCAAAACUUUCAAGUAACGAGGAGCUUCAAAAGAAAUCAACAGAGUUUUAUACAGCAGCAAAAAAGAUAAUAUUCUCCGAAAAAUACUUGUACCCAUGCUCCACUACUAUCCAGUCUCUAUUGUACCUAUCUGUAUACGACAACACAUAUAAUGAUUCCAGUUGCUGGAUGCUCUCUGGACUAGCGUUUAGAAUGGGUCUUCAUCUUGGUUUUGACCGUUUGUUGUAUAAGGAGACCUCUAAUUCUAUGGCAUCAGCCACAAUAAAGGCCGAAAACAGGGUCUUCUGGGGGUGCUUCAUUUACGAUCAUUAUAAUAGUUUAUUACUUGGGAGGCCAGUGACGUUUAAGUCUAGUGCAAGUUUGCGAGAAUUCCUUUCUCUUGAGAGAGAAGAGAAUUUUUCUGAAAAGUAUUCUAUUGAUAACACUACCUUCGUGAUGUUUAAAAUGAUUGAACUCUUCACAUUGCUGGAACCAUUUGUACAAACGCUCAGUCUGGCAGAUGAAACUGAAAAUAAGAUCGUACAAAAUUUGGAAUCCUUGCUUAGAACACAGACAUUGAAUAAUAUAAACUUACAAUUAAUGAGAUGGAAAAAUGAUAUAGAAUUCGGAAUACUAUGGAAUAAGGAUAGUGCUAAUUCAACAGAUCAGGAUUUAUCAAUGUUGGCACUUAAAUACUACUAUUAUUUGACAGUACUUUGCAUAAACAAACCUUUUGCCCCUAUUAAAACAGGAAAGGAUUCUAUCUCAAAGGAAAUAAGGCAAUCUUUAGAGUAUUCAACUGAGCUAUCUGUCGCAUGCAUUAAAGAAGUAGUUGCCUCCUUGCGAGUUUUUUCAGAAAGAAUGCAAUCUUUUAAGUACUUGACGGUAACCAUGAUCUAUACAAUUGUUCUAUCGUUGAAUUAUAUACUUCUAUGUGAUACGAAUGUGAUGGUGAACGUUGAGGGAUUGAGAGAAGAUUUCGAGUACUUAUUGUCAGUUCUCAAAACCGCCUCCAACUACUGGAAAACAGCAUCAAGGUCAUACGAAUUGAUAUUAACUAAAAUGCGGCAGAAGUACCCUAGUUAUUAUGAAGAAAUGUUUAAACUUAAAUCAAAGCUAGAGGCUACUCGAAGUCAAAGUAAUGAUACACAAUGUAAUUAUGAUUUUUCAGAAUAUUCGGGGAUAAUGGAGGACUAUAAGGUGGCGGUUCCUAGCACGGCAGACAGUAUACUAGAUACGCAUGAGUUAUGGAAUAAUAAGAUUGACUUUAGGGCAUUAGACUUUUUAGAUGCUAAUAUAACCUCAUGGUCUCAUGUGUUUCCUGAUUUAUACAAAUAA